GCCCUUUGAAUGCCGUAAGUAUCUAUAAUAACAGUAUAACAGUAGAAUGUCUUGUGGUGUUAGCGUCACGAAAUUGCACCGGGCUUUAAAUUUUGGAUGUCCAGUCGUUUAAAAAAAAAACGAAAUCUGAGGACCCAAGAUCAAAGGCAAAAGAACCGACUCUAAACGACCAACUGUACAUAUAUAAUCUGUGUAAAUGUUUUGUGUCAAUUGUCAUUAUCACCAUACCAACAUAAGAAUAAUAAAAAAUAGUAAAAGUGAAAGGGAAGGGAAGUUCGAUCAAACAAUAAACACAACCGGUGUUUAAAAUUUCUUACAAUUUAAAAAAAUGAAAGUAGAAGAAGUAAAGAGCACCGUAAAAACUCAAAGGAUUAGUGCCCACAGCCAUAUCAAAGGUUUAGGGCUGGAUGAAAAUGGGUUUGCUAUACAAUCUGCUGCAGGAUUGGUGGGCCAAGAACAAGCAAGAGAGGCUGCCGGGGUCGUUGUAGAUAUGAUUAGAAGUAAGAAAAUGGCUGGUCGGGCAGUACUAUUAGCUGGCCCGCCAGGUACUGGGAAGACAGCUAUCGCCUUAGCCAUCGCUCAGGAACUAGGAACCAAAGUGCCUUUUUGCCCAAUGGUGGGUUCAGAAGUAUAUAGUACUGAGAUUAAGAAAACAGAGGUGCUCAUGGAAAAUUUCAGACGAGCUAUUGGAUUACGUAUUAGAGAAACCAAGGAGGUAUAUGAAGGCGAAGUUAGUGAACUUACGCCGGUGGAAACUGAAAGUCCAGCUGGAGGUUACGGCAAAACUGUCAGUCACGUAAUAAUUGGUUUGAGGACUGCAAAGGGCAGCAAACAAUUAAAGCUUGACCCCAGUAUUUAUGAAGCUCUGCAAAAGGAAAAGGUGGAAGUUGGAGAUGUUAUUUAUAUUGAAGCUACGAGUGGAGCAGUUAAACGUCAGGGAAGAUCUGACGCUUACGCUACUGAAUUCGAUCUGGAAGCUGAGGAAUAUGUACCAUUGCCUAAGGGAGAUGUACACAAGAAAAAGGAGGUUGUUCAGGAUGUAACGUUGCAUGAUUUAGAUGCGGCCAAUGCUAAACCACAAGGUGGCCAGGAUGUUCUGUCUAUGAUGGGGCAGUUGCUAAAACCAAAGAAAACCGAAAUCACUGACAAAUUAAGAAGAGAAAUCAACAAAGUAGUGGACAAAUACAUAGACCAGGGCAUAGCCGAAUUGGUACCCGGAGUGUUAUUUAUUGACGAAGUACACAUGUUGGACAUCGAAACAUUCACUUAUUUGCACAGAGCUCUGGAGAGUGCCAUAGCCCCCAUAGUUAUCUUUGCUACCAACAGGGGCCGCUGCCUCAUAAGGGGAACUGAUGAUAUUUUUGCCCCACAUGGAAUUCCUUUGGAUUUGCUAGAUAGGCUGCUUAUUAUCAGAACGAUUCCCUAUAACAGAUCCGAUAUGGAGCAAAUCCUCAAGUUAAGGGCUAACACUGAGGGAUUAGAGAUAGAACACGAGGCCUUGAUAUCUCUAGGAGAAGUUGGCACGAAGGCGACAUUGCGCUAUGCGGUGCAGUUGCUAACUCCUGCUUACCUCACCGCUAAAAUUAACGGAAGGAAUAACAUAAUUCAGGCAGAUGUCGAGGAAGUUGGUUCUUUGUUUUUGGAUGCUAAGUCGUCGGCGAGGAUCUUGACCGAGAACAAAGAGAAAUAUAUGAUGUAGGGUGUAGCCCUGAGAAUGUUUGUUUUUUUUUUUAGUGAAUGUUGUGUUGAAAGGUUGAAUGCGUUUUGUUAUUUUAAAUAGUUCUAUUUCAAUAAACGUCAUGUUUCUGUGAGUA